UGGUGGGACGCUCCAUUUCACAGCCCAAAUCAACAUGAGAGCAGGUUCAACUUUUUUUUUCCUUCUUUUUUAAGUUUUUGCUAUUUCGAAAACUGGGGUCAUACGAGGUUUUAGAAUCUAAAGAAUUUGGAAAGGCACCUUGGGAGUGGAAAUAAUCAUAAAGGGCUUGGCAGUUCUGAUUGUUGCCAGGGGCCUGGCUUUGUUGCUUACCUGACCAAGUAAUAAGUACUGCUUUCCAUUUGUUAUGAGAAUAACUUAAAACUCACGAAAAAAUAGUUAAAACGCGGCUUAAUUCUGCCAGACUGUCAAACACGGCCUUCAGGCAGCCAUACCGCCUCCCAGUGUAUCACCCGCAUUCGCCCUAACUUUUCACAGUUGUCAGCUCUUCUUCUUCCACCAGUGCUGGUUCCUAUGUGGUCUUGGUACCGUAUUUCAGUGGCUGUCUUGCAGGAUAUUAGCUGUGACACUAACUUAUGAAAUCCUUUCCCAGUUGUUGGAGAUACAGUUCUUUUCCAGUUUUUCCCCUCAGUGCUGUACAUGAACUUGCUAAAAACAUCUUUAAGCUUAUAGAUGUUUUUCCUGUUGAAUUAUUUCUGCAGAAUAAUUUCCACGAGUAACACUAUUUUUCCUUUUCAGAAAACUGAUUGGGAGGUAGCUAUUAAAAGUAUUAAUAAAAAGAACUUGUCAAAAUCACAAAUGCUGCUUGGGAAGGAAAUUAAGAUCUUAAAGGAACUUCAACACGAAAAUAUUGUAGCACUCUAUGAUGUUCAGGAAUUACCCAACUCUGUCUUCCUGGUGAUGGAGUAUUGCAAUGGUGGAGACCUGGCAGAUUAUUUGCAAGCCAAAGGAACUCUCAGUGAAGACACUAUCAGAGUGUUUCUGCAUCAGAUUGCCGCUGCCAUGCGAAUUCUGCACGGCAAAGGGAUCAUCCACAGGGACCUCAAACCGCAGAACAUCUUGCUGUCCUACGCCAGUCGCAGGAAGUCCGGUGUCAGUGGGAUUCGCAUCAAAAUAGCGGAUUUUGGUUUUGCUCGUUACCUACACAGCAACAUGAUGGCUGCAACACUGUGCGGGUCCCCGAUGUACAUGGCUCCUGAGGUUAUUAUGUCUCAACAUUACGAUGCUAAGGCUGACUUGUGGAGCAUAGGAACAGUAAUAUAUCAAUGCCUUGUUGGAAAACCACCUUUUCAGGCCAAUAGUCCUCAAGACUUAAGGAUGUUUUAUGAAAAACACAGAAGCUUAAUGCCUAGCAUCCCCAGAGAAACAUCACCUUAUUUGGCUAAUCUCCUUUUGGGUUUGCUUCAGAAAAACCAAAAAGAUAGAAUGGACUUUGAAGCAUUUUUCAGCCAUCCUUUUCUUGAACAAGUUCCAGUAAAAAAAUCCUGCCCAGUGCCAGUGCCCGCGUGUGCUGGCUUUGUCUCGGGAAGCUCCUGUGGCCCCUCUCCAUCAUGUCGUUUUGCCUCUCCACCAUCCUUUCCAGAUGUGCAGCAUAUUCAGGAAGAAACCCUGUCCUCCCCACCUCUGGGUCCUCCCAGCUACCUACAGGUGUCCAAAGAUUCUGCCAGUACGAGUAGCAAGAACUCUUCCUGUGACACGGACGACUUUGUUUUGGUUCCACACAUCUCGUCAGACCACUCAUAUGAUAUGCCAGUGGGAACUGCUGGCAGACGAGCUUCAAAUGAGUUCUUGGUGUUUGGAGGACAGUGUCAGCCUACUGUGUCCCCACACAGUGAAACAGCUCCAAUUCCAGUUCCUACUCAGAUAAGGAAUUAUCAGCGCAUAGAGCAGAACCUUACAUCUACUGCCAGCUCUGGCACAAAUCUGCAUGGUUCUCCAAGAUCUGCAGUGGUACGAAGGUCCAACACCAGCCCUAUGGGCUUUCUCCGGGUGGGAUCCUGCUCCCCAGCGCCAGCAGACACAGUGCAGACAGUCGGACGAAGACUCUCUACGGGGUCUUCCAGGCCUUAUUCACCUUCCCCUUUGGUUGGUGCCAUUCCUGAGCAGUUCAGUCAGUGCUGCUGUGGGUACUCUCAGGGCCAUGAGGAAUCCAGGAGGAGAAACUCAUCUGGUUCUUCAGUGCCGCAGGCUCAGUCACCACAGUCUUUCUUACUGGGUGCUCGACUGCAGAGUGCCCCCAGCCUCACUGACAUCUACCAGCACAAGCAGAAGCUCAGAAAGCAGCACUCUGACCCUGUGUGCCCGUCCCACACUGGGGCUGGGGGCAGCCACUCCCCUCAGCCCAGUCGGCCUGGCAGCCUGGGGACUUCUCCCACCAAACACAUGGGGUCCUCUCCGCGGAGUUCUGACUGGUUCUUUAAAACCCCUUUGCCUACCAUCAUUGGCUCUCCCACUAAGGCCACUGCUCCUUUCAAAAUCCCCAAAACACAAGCAUCUUCCAACCUGCUAGCCUUGGUUCCUCGUCAUGGGCCUUCGGAAGGGCAGUCUAAAGAUGGGAAUACCCCGCGCGAAUGCUCUCACUGCCUCUUAGUACAAGGAAGUGAGAGGCAGACGUCUGAGCAGCAAAACAAGGCAGUGUUUGGCAGAUCUGUCAGUACUGGGAAAUUAUCUGAUCAACAAGUAAAGACACCUCUAGGUGGACAUCAGGGCAGCACAGACAGUUUAAAUACAGAACGACCAAUGGAUAUAGCCCCUGCAGGAGCCUGUGGUGGUGCACUGGCGCCUCCCGUGGGAAUAGCAGCAAGUUCCAGGGCUGUCCUGUUCACUGUGGGAUCUCCUCCCCACAGUGCCACAGCCCCCACUUGUACCCACAUGGUCCUACGAACAAGGACAACCUCAGUGGGCUCCAGCAGCUCUGGAGGCUCCCUGUGCUCCGCAAGUGGCCGAGUGUGUGUGGGCUCCCCGCCUGGGCCUUGCUGGGGGUCUCCUCCGGGAACAGAGGCGGCUCCUAGCCUGAGAUACAUGCCUUAUGGUGCUUCACCCCCCAGCCUGGAGGGGCUCGUCACCUUUGAAGUCCCUGAACUGCCAGAGGAGACACUGAUGGAGCGAGAACACACAGACACCUUACGCCACCUGAAUGUGAUGCUGCUGUUCACUGAGUGUGUGCUGGACCUGACAGCAGUGAGGGGGGGCAGCCCAGAGCUGUGCACAUCCGCCGUCUCCUUGUACCAGAUCCAGGAAAGUGUGGUUGUGGACCAGAUCAGCCAGCUGAGCAAAGACUGGGGGCGGGUGGAGCAGCUGGUGCUGUACAUGAAGGUGGCGCAGCUGCUGGCGGCCUCGCUGCACCUUGCUCAAGCCCAGGUCAAGUCCGGGAAGCUGAGCCCAUCCACGGCGGUGAAGCAAGUUGUCAAAAAUCUGAAUGAACGAUAUAAAUUCUGCAUCACCAUGUGCAAGAAACUUACAGAAAAGCUGACUCGUUUCUUCUCUGACAAACAGAGAUUUAUUGAUGAAAUCAACAGUGUAACUGCGGAGAAACUCAUCUAUAAUUGUGCUGUAGAAAUGGUUCAGGCUGCGGCCCUGGAUGAGAUGUUCCAGCCCACGGAAGACAUUGUUUAUCGCUAUCAUAAGGCAGCCCUCCUCCUGGAAGGCCUGGCCAAGAUCCUCCAGGACCCUGCUGACGUGGAAAGUGUGCAUAAGUAUAAGUGUAGCGUGGAGAGAAGACUGGCAGCUCUCUGCUGCGGGGCCCCGGUGACGUGAGCAGCCGCAGGCCCCCAGGGCACGUGCGGGGUGUGCGGGUGCAUCUGGCGUGCGGCCUGGGCUCCGUGGGCCCAUCCCCAAGAAACUGCAGGUUCUUGCCUGGUGACUACCAAAGAACAAGCAGUGAUUUCAAAACAAAAACAAUCCAAAAACUACAUAUUGUAGGAAAUCUGCCUUAUUGGAGAAGUCACCCCUUCCUUUCCCUUUGUAGAAGCAGAAGCAAGAGUGUCGCACUUGGUAAAUAAAUGUACCUUAGCCCUAGAGUCACCAGCACAUUUAUUCUUACAGAUAAUUAAGGGUGAGGCAGUGCAGAGCAGUGUGUGGAAUUCCACGUGUUUACUGAGGUGUAAAAGUAGAAAAAUUCCACGGCCCAUCCAGGCAGUUUGGUACUUGGGGUGAGUUUGUCUAAAUCUGAGCAUGACCCUUAAAUAGCUCAGGAGGAACUAGCGUGAGAAGACACAAAGGUGGCUCUUAGAAGGCAUUGUGAAAUCUUCAGCGUGAUCUCAUAUGGACACUCGUUAAUCUUCCAAAAUCUUUCAUAUAUUGCACUAAUUUAUUAAAACAACUCUGUAUUGGAUUUUGCAACUUAAAACUAACUGAGGCACAGUGGACUAUUUAAGAAAUGGUUAAUUGUAUACACACACCCUUCCCAGAACCACACGGAUCUCUGGUGACUUUGCCGAGCUGAGAGCUUAGCCCACCUACUCCUUGUGUUUUUCAACUUCUUCACCUGCACCCUUGGGUUUUCUCCGUGAUGUUUUGAGGUGCGGCCGUUUGCACAGGUUGCAUACCUCACUGUGCAUGCGGAUGCGCACCGAUGCCUGGGCUGCUCGCUUACUAACGGCUGCUUUAUUGGGCAGUAUUAGGAAAAAUGUCAUUUGGGACACCCUCAAGAAUUCUAAAAGGGCCAACAGCAUUGGUGACCCGAGGGCUUGUUAAUGGUGUGGACUUCGUACAUGAAAUUAGUGACAAGUGAGGUGUGUUUCCUCUGAGGACAAGGGCAGCUGUCUCCAGCCUAACACACAUUUUCCACAUUAAUCCUGACAGUUCGCCACAUAGCUAGUCAUGGGGACUGGGGGCAGUUAACACCCCUCCAGAAAUGGUUCCUACGUUGUGUAUUAUUUGGUUUCUUUUAUUUACCUGCUUGAAUACUUGAAUAAACCAUUCUCCAGUUUUAAUUCUUUUAUUUUAAUCCUUUUAGACAAUAAAUCUGAACUCUUGACAAAUUGCA